AUGAUAACGAUGAUAUAUAUUUAUAUAUAUCACAUACCCACAAAAAUACAAAUGAACCGUGGAGAAGUUUUUAGAAGUAAGGUAGUUUUUCCAGGAUGCUGA